GAGAGCUUUUGACCCGCUCGUUGAUUUCAUUUCGUCCAAUUCCUGCUUCAUUUUUCAGCCAUUGCUAGUACUACUUGGCUGCACCUGAAUCCGGGCCGAGCUGUCUUCUUCUUCUUCCUCCUCCCGCCGUCAUGUCGCCGGCCGCCAGGUCCACGCAAAACCCACGGCCAUACCAACGUACGCACGCACGCUGCUGCAUUUAGUUAAGCAGCGCCAAUACCAGCUGGGUUUGCUGCUCCUUUCCUUUCUGGCUGCUUGCUCUCUUUUUUACAGCUUCCACUGCUCCCAAAACCCAACCACACCACGCAUUGAUGCCACUCACCCGCCAUUGCUGACCUUGCCUCUUCCUGCACCCGCCGCCUAGCUCACCGCCCAGUCUCCCUACUGCAAUCAUGAAGCCACCGAGAACCAUGCCGCGGGCAUGCCUCCUCCUGCUGCUCCUCUACCACCUCGCCCCGCCGCUCGCCGCCGCCACCGACGCCGACGCGCUCCUCGCCCUAAAAUCCGCCCUGGACACCUCGCACCGCCUCCCGUGGAGCGCCGCCACCGCCCCCGCCCUCUGCACCGCCUGGCCGGGCGUCCGCCAGUGCGACGCCAACAACCGCGUCACCAAGCUCGUCCUGGAGAACCUCAACCUCACCGGCUCCCUGACCACCGCCCUCCUCGCCCCUCUCCGCGAGCUCCGCGUCCUCAGCCUCAAGUCCAACGCGCUCUCCGGCGCCAUCCCGGACAACCUCGCCGCGGCCCUCCCCAACCUCAAGCUCCUCUACCUCUCCGGCAACCGCCUCCAGGGCCGCCUCCCGGCGUCCCUCGCCCUCCUCCGCCGCGCCACCGUGCUCGUGCUCUCGGACAACGACCUCUCCGGCGGGAUCCCGCGGGAGCUCGCCUCCGGGGUGCCGCGGCUCACGGCGCUCAUGCUCGACGGGAACCGCCUCACGGGGCGUGUGCCGGCGCUGCCGCAGCCCACGCUCCGGCGGCUCGACGUCUCGGGGAACCGGCUCGAGGGCCAGAUCCCGGCGGUGCUCGCCAGGCGCUUCAACGCGUCCUCGUUCGAGCGCAAUGCCGGGCUCUGCGGGCCCCCGCUCGCUGCGCCGUGCGCCGAAGCGCCGCUGUCCCCCGCCACGGCCGCGUUCGCGCCCCUCCCCCCGCCAGGCGGCGGCAGGCGGCGAAGCAGGAAGCUCGCCAUCGUGGUCGGGUGUUCGGUGGCCGGAGCGGUGCUGCUGGCCCUCCUGCUGGCGGCGGCGGUGACGGCCUGCCGGCGCGGGAGGAACAAGCGCGUGGCGGGCGACGUCGACAAGGGCGGACCCGAAACGGGCGAGGAAGACGCGCACCACCACCAGCACCAGCAGCAUCACUCGGCCAACGCGCCACCACCGGCGACGAACGCUGCGGCGGCGGCGGGCGGCGGGCGGGAGUUCUCGUGGGAGCGGGAGGGGAUCGGGAAGCUGGUGUUCUGCGGCGGCGGGGCGGAGGAGAUGUCCUACAGCCUGGAGGAGCUGCUGCGCGCGUCGGCGGAGACGCUGGGCCGCGGCGAGGCCGGGAGCACGUACAAGGCCGUCAUGGAGACCGGCUUCAUCGUCACGGUCAAGCGGAUGCGGUGCGGCGACGCCGCCGCCGGAGUGGGCGCGGCGGAGUUCGGGCGGCGCGCUGAGGAGCUGGGGCGGGUGCGCCACCCGAACGUGGUGGCGCUCCGGGCCUAUUUCCAGGCCAAGGAGGAGCGGCUGCUCGUCUACGACUACUACCCCAACGGCAGCCUCUUCUCCCUCAUCCACGGGUCGCGGCCGUCCAGCAAGGGGAAGCCGCUGCACUGGACGUCGUGCAUGAAGAUCGCCGAGGACAUCGCCGCUGGCCUGCUCCACCUCCACCAGACACCCGCGGCCCCUAUCGUGCACGGCAACCUCAAGCCCUCCAACGUGCUCCUCGGCCCGGACUUCGAGUCCUGCCUCACCGACUACGGCCUCGUUCCCGCGCUGGCCGCCGCCGACGCCUCAUCGGCGGUGUCCCUCCUCUACCGCGCUCCCGAGACGCGCUCGCCCUCGGCGAUGGCCAACGCAUGCUUCACGUCGGCGUCAGACGUAUACAGCUUCGGCGUGCUCCUGCUGGAGCUGCUCACGGGCCGGACGCCGCCCCAGGACCUCGUGGAGCUGCGCGGCGACGACGACGUCAUACCGGCAUGGGUGCGCGCCGCGCGCGAGGAGGAGAUGACGGAGUCCGGCGGCGAGUCGGCCGCGUCCGCGGGUGGCGGUGGCGCGGAGGAGAAGCUGGGCGCGCUGAUCGGCGUUGCGGCAUUAUGCGUGGCCGCGGACUCUGGCAGGCGGCCAACGACGGCCGAGGUGCUCCGGAUGGUGCGGGAGGCGCGGGCGGAGGCCAUGUCAUCGUCCAACAGCAGCGACCGGUCCCCUGCGCGAUGGUCCGACGCCCUGGUCGGCGCGCCGCCGCACCGGGAGCACGGCGCCGAGAGCUUCGCCGAGCGGGACUGACUGACUCACGCGGCAAAUCUUUCUACGAGCCGUCUUUCUAGACUGACUGACUGACUGACUACUCGCUCGCCGAGCGGGCCCUUUCGAUUGUUUCCUAUUGGCUAUAGCGUUCUGUUUGGCUUGGUGCCAUGUAGAAAGCACUAAAUCAAGCCGCGCAAUGCUUAGUUUAGGGAGUAAUAACUAUAUUCAACAGCUUGUUGUGUUUUAAAUUCGGUGACAGACAAAUUUCGUAGCCAAUAAAAGCGGACAGUUGUAUGACUGAAAACUAACUAAAAAAACUUUCUGAUUUCA